AGGUGACGGCGUCCAAGAACGCGGGCGGCUCGUACGAGGACCCCCGGACGGCAUGAACAAGGGCGAUGGCAAGAAGGCGGCCGCCGCAAAGGGCGGCGCACCUGCCGCUGCUGGUGGCGCCAAGGGCUACUCCAUGGAGGAGGUGGCCAAGCACACCAGCAAGACCGACUGCUGGGUUGUCGUGGCGGGCGAGGUGCUCGACGUGACCUCCUUCCUGAGCCAGCACCCCGGCGGCGAGCUGGCCAUCCUCACGUUCGCCGGGAAGGACGCCACCGAGGAGUUCAACAUGAUCCACCCUCCGGACGUGAUCCCGAAGUACGCCCCCGACGCCUGCAUCGGCGUGCUGGGCGCGGGAGGCGGCGCGGCCCCGGCGGCGGGUGGCGCCGCCCCGGCGAAGGCCGCCGCGGCCGCGGCGGGCGCUCACGGCGCGCGCGACUGGAAGCUGCAUAACGACAACCGCAACAAGAGGAUGGGCGAAUACGGGCGUGUUCCGGGGCCCAUUGGGGCUCUCAUCUACAUGGUCAUCGCAUUCAUGAAGGAGGUUCUCUUCACUAUCUUCGGUCAGAAGAACUUCCAGUUCACCAACGACCGCAUUGGCCUGACGCGCUCCGCGAUGUUCAUGUUCAUCUUCAUCAUCAUCCAUGCAGUGGGCAACCUGCACGUGUUCCUCGGCCCGGACGACUUCAACGGAUACGGAUAUUUCUACGUCCGCCUCUAUUGGACCGGCUUCGGCUUCAACGCCAACAUCGUGGAGGAAUAUAUCUUGCUCGCCGCGCUGCUCCACGUGGCGGUGGGCCUGAAGCGCACCUGGGACAUUUCGAUUAACUACACAAUCGCAUCCGGCAAGCUCAACCUCGCGAUCUCGGGCGUCACUCUGCUGACCUUCAUGAGCAUCCAUCUGUUCCAGUUCCGCUUCGGCGAGACGCAGCCGUUCGAGCUGUGCCCGCCGCCGUACUUGAUCAACGUCGCCACCCUGCUGGAGUUGAGGCUGAACCUUUUCUGGGUCCACGACGCCGACUGCGUCAAGGCGAGCGUCCGCGACAUCUACCGCAUGGAGUUCGAGGUCUUCCAGUCCCUCGGCUGGUGCCUCUUCUACAUCAGCGCCGUGGCCAUCUUCGCCACGCACAUGUGCCUCGGCUGGCAGAAGGCCGUCCCUGCGCCCGCGCUCGAGAUCCCGAAGCGCUUCCACAACAAGGCGAUCCACAUCGGCUACAUCAUGACGGCCUUCAUCGCGCUGGUGUACGUGAGCUUCCCGCUCUACACGCACGUCUUCCCGAUGUCCGACGGGGCCAUCACCCCCGAGGCCCCGCUGCCGAUCCCCGUCGCCGCCGGCCCGGCGUGAGCGCGUGCGGCCCCUCGAUGGGCCUCGCUCUGCGCGGGCAACCUCUCUCGGGGCCUCGCCCCGCUCGGGCGGCCUCGCCAGCCGCCGUCCUCUCUUUUCGAAUCGGUCGCGAAACU